AUGGGCAAGUGCAUGAAACCUGGGAAAGUGGUGCUGGUCCUGGCCAGCAGUAUUCUGGCUGAACACAAAGCUGUCAUCGUAAAGAACAUUAAUGAUGGCACCUCAGACUGCCCCUACAUCCAAGCUCUCGUGGUUGGAAUUGAUCACUAUCCCCGCAAAGUGACAGCUGCCAUGGGCAAAAAGAAGAUUACCAGGAGGUCAAAGAUCGAGUCUUUUGUGAAGAUUUAUAACUACAAUCAUCUUACGCCUACAGCGCACUCUGUGGAUAUCCUCUUACACAAAACUGUCAUCCACAAGGAUGUCUUCAGAGAUCCUGCUCUUAAACACAAGGCCUAA